AUGACCUCUGCUGAACCCGCCGCCGCGCCUCAGCCCUCUGACCCUCCCGCAAAGCGAGUAAAGACCGCCUCCGACGACGCACCUGUCCCUGCCGCCAUGGAGCCCUGCCCGCCCCUCCAGGUCAAGAAGCUCUCGGACAAGGCUCGCCUGCCUACCCGCGGUAGCCUCUACGCCGCCGGCUACGACCUCUACGCCGCGAAGCCGACCACCAUCCCGGCCCGCGGCAAGGCCCUCGUCAGCACCGACAUUGCCAUCUCCGUCCCGGCCGGCACCUACGGCCGCGUUGCCCCUCGCUCCGGUCUCGCCUCCAAGAACUUCAUCGACACUGGCGCCGGCGUCAUCGACGCGGACUACCGCGGCGAGGUCAAGGUCCUCCUCUUCAACCACGCCGACUCCGACUUCGAGGUCGCUGAGGGUGACCGUAUCGCCCAGCUUGUCGUCGAGCGCAUCUUCACCCCCGAGAUCGUCGAGGUCCAGGAGCUCGAGGAGAGUGUGCGCGGCGCCGGCGGCUUCGGCAGCACUGGUGUUGCUCUGCAGUAG